AUGAAGAAUGAUUUUCCAAGAGACCACUUUUCCCCGUAUAUUCUUUGGCUAGUCAAUCGUCCGGUCCGCCGAAGCAAAAUCUGCUCCCUGCGAUGGAUUGGUGGUUUGUCAGACGCUCUGGUUCUCGUGCGCAGAAGCGUUGAGAUGGUUAAAAGACCUUGCCUUCUAUGCUGUAAAAGCGUGGAGGAACGACUUCUUCGUCGAACCAAGCCAAACAGUCAUCAUACUGUCGUCUUACUUUCGUCACUCUUAUUAUUCAAUGCAACCGACCUGAGCGAUGCAAAGAGAUGUUACGCUGCAUGUAUUAGACUACGACAACGUAUUUGUGAUCAGCACUACAUUGACGCUGCUCAAUUAAUCGCAUCGGAGAUGGCUUGUGUGGGAAUCAGUCUGACAACGUAUGUGGAUCCACGGCAUGGUGUUGUGGUAUCGUACUCUAAUGAGAAAGAUAUUCCGCUUCAUCUGCUCGACUCGAUUGAAGAAAACGCUAGAAAAUUAAGCGCAGAACUGGUGGUCACAACAAAAAAAGUGAGCGGAUUCCUGAAUUACUGUCUGUCUCGGUACCGAGUCGAAGUGCUCCGGGCGGCUGUUAGCACAGAUCACCAACGAAAAGCUACGGUAUCCAGUGAUGAGGUCAGGAUCGCCCAAAGUGGUAGUGAUGAUAAGAAGACAGUCAACUUGUUGUUUUCAACGUCACAAACUCCCGAAAUGAUCGCUGUGGGUCCUGAUCGGUCUUCUAGCGAUCCUCCUGUUUGCCCCGAUGGAGAUGAACUGGAUGUAACAGAUCCUGAUUUGCUGAAUAGCAAUUUCAUUGUAAAAGGAGAUCGCCUCCUAUCACUUUUCCGAUUUUGUCCAGAGUGCGGGACAGAAAUCAGCACUAGUAAAAGAAACAUGGUUAAAAGAUCUUGCCUCCUGUGUAGCAGGUACGUGGAGGAACGACUUCUUCGUCGGACCACGCCAAACAGUAACCAUACAGUCGUCCUACUUUCGUCACUUUUAUUAUUCAAUGCAACCGACCUGAACGAUGCAAAGAGAUGUUACGCUGCAUGUAUUAAAAUACGGCAACGUCUCUGUGAUCAGCACUACGUCGAUGCUGCUCAAUUAAUCGCUUCGGAGAUGGCUUGCGUGGGAAUAAGGCUGACCACAUAUGUGGAUCAACCGCGUGGUAUUGUGGUAUCGUACUCUAACGAGAAAGAUAUUCCACUUCAUCUGCUCGACUCGAUUGAGGAAAACGCUAAGAAAUUGAAUGUAGAGUUGGUGGUCACGUCAAGAAAAGUGAGUGAAUUCUUGAAUUACUGUUUAUCUCGGUACCGGGUUGCACCCAAGGAGGUUGUUAGCGCAGAUCACCACCAAAAAGCUACAUCAUCCACCAGUGAGGCCAGCAUAGUUGAGAAUGGCAACGAGGAUAAGAAGACAGUCGACUUGUUGUUUGCAGCGUCGGACUCUCCUGAAGUGAUCAUUGUGGGUUCUGACCGGACUUCUAACAAUCUUCCUGCCUGCUCUGAUGGGGAUGAACUGGAUGCAACUGAUCCUGAUUUGAGUGCGGGACAGAAAUCAGCACUAGCAAAAGAAAUGUAA